CCUUGUAGUCCUUUCCACUCUUCAUGAAAGAUCUCCAACACAUUCACGCUCAGCAUAGAACCAUUGCCGACUAUGAAUCGUUCUCUUUGGCAGGACCAGGCCGGUGAGCCCGGCGUCAUCCGCGAGAGUCCGAUACCCUCGAACAUCGCUGAUAACGAAAUCUUGGUCAAGGUGCAGGCCUGGGCAAUGAAUCCCGCUGAUGCUAUGGUCCAGGAUGUGCCUUUGCCGUUUAUCAAAUACCCACUGAUCCUGGGCGAGGAUGUUGCCGGUACGGUGGAGAAGAUCGGUUCAGCAGUGGACGGAUUUCAGGCUGGCGAUCGUGUUUUAGGCCUGGCUCUCGGGGCCGCCGUCGCGAAGCCUGAGCAAGGCGCAUUCCAGGAGUAUGUGAUCCUUGACCACAGCAUGGCGUGCAAGCUUCCCGACUCCUUGUCUUUCACCGAGGCAUCGGUCUUUCCUCUCUGUAUUGCGACGGCGGCCCAUGGUCUCUUCUCCAAGGACUAUCUUGGCUUGCCCUUCCCCACGACCAGCACGCCUGUCUACAGCACCGGUAAAUCCAUCUUUAUCUGGGGCGGCAGUUCAGGAGUUGGCGGCAACGCGAUCCAACUGUGCAAGGCAGCGGGCUUUGAGGUCUUUACCACUGCCUCCGCCCGCAACUUUGAGUACGUCAAGGGUCUGGGCGCCGAUCACGUCUACGACUACAACGACCCUGACGUGAUUCGCAAUAUUGUUGCCGACUUGGACAAGGGCGAAUGUGUUGGGGUUCUACAAGCCGCUGGCGACGUGCCGCCAUCCUGCCAGGUGGCGCAUCAAUCGAAACAAAACCUGCGCGUCGUCGCCACGAACCCUGUCCCUGAAGGCGCUGCCCCUGAGGGCGUGGAGGCCAAGAUGAUCUUUGCUUCGGGCGGUGCGGUUAUCUACCAUGAGACAAACCCCGCCACCUUUGCUGGGUAUCUGCCCGAGGCGCUGGCGAAGGGGGCUUACAAGGUUGCGCCCCCGCCGGAGGUCGUGCCGACCAAGGGCCUGGAGGGCAUUCAGGAAGCUUUGGAUUCAGUGAAGAAGGGUGUCUCUGCGAAGAAGCUGGUCACGUUGGCCAACUGAACCCGCUGUUGGUUUAAUUUCCGUUUGGCUAUAUGACUACUACGUGAUAGUUGCGGAUAGGACUCAAUCAGAUGAGACCGCUGCUUGAAAUAAACCCACG